AAAUAGUCGCGGACCUACCGCCAAUCCGCCUCUGUGGCGCUCCCCGCUCUACCAUGACUGACUGGGACGCGGCGGCUCGGGCAGCGCCGCUCUGCUGGCGCAGGCAGGAGGAUUAUUAGAUAACGCAGCUCGACUCUGCAACUGGGAGUGGAGAGAGGAGCCCAACAGCCGAGACGGGGAGGGAGGGCAGAGGACGGGGAUCAGGAAGGACACCCCCCGUCCCCCGAAGACAAAAUCCCCGAGUGCCCGGGAGGAGCCUUAACAAGCGGCGCGGAGCCCUCCAGGCUGCUAAGUUGGCUAUCACAGUGCAAGCUUUGAAGUCCCAAUGGGGGACUCAGGAUCAAGAAGAUCUACCUUGGUUUCCCGGUUGCCAAUAUUCAGAAGAAGUAUUAGUAGAAGACAUGAUUCCCUUCCUUCCUCACCUUCUUCCAGCAACACAGUUGGUGUCCAUAGCUCCUCUCCUUCCAGCACUAACUCAAGCUCAGGUAGCACAGGUAAACGCAGAAGCAUAUUCCGUACUCCUUCCAUUAGUUUCCACCAUAAGAAGGGGAGUGAACCUAAGCAAGAACCUACCAAUCAGAACCUUAGUAUUUCAAAUGGUGCUCAACCUGGUCACAGCAAUAUGCAGAAACUGAGUUUGGAAGAACAUAUUAAAACCAGGGGAAGACAUUCUGUUGGUUUUAGUACUUCACGAAAUAAGAAGAUAACAAGAUCAUUGACAGAGGAUUUUGAAAGGGAAAAGGAACACUCAACUAAUAAGAAUGUCUUUAUAAAUUGUCUGAGCUCUGGCAAAAGUGAGGGGGAUGAUUCUGGAUUCACAGAAGAACAAACUCGCCGUUCUGUUAAGGAGUCAACAAGGAAGCUACUCCCUAAAUCUUUCUCGUCUCACUAUAAAUUUUCGAAACCGGGUCUACAGAGCCAAUCCAUUUCGUUGGUACAACAGUCUGAAUUCUCACUGGAAAUUACCCAGUACCAGGAGAGAGAACCUGUGUUGGUGAGAGCUUCCACACCUUGUUCUGUGGAGGUAACAGAACGGGCUGGCAGCUCUUUACAGUCUCCUCUGCUUUCUACUGAUCUUACCACUGCUCAGACACCUUCCGAGUUUUUAGCCUUGACUGAAGAUUCUGUGUCUGAAACGGAUGCAUUUCCCAAAAGUGGAAGCAUAGCAUCCCACUGUGACAACUUUGGCCAUAAUGAUUCUACCUCGCAGAUUUCUCCCAAUCCUGCUGCUGUUACAAAGACAACAAUAGAACAUGUAGGAACUGUUCCCUGUGCAAUUAUGUCUCCUGGGAAAUACAGGCUAGAAGGUCGAUGUAGCACUGAAUUGAAUUCCUCGCCAGAAGCCUCUGCUGCUAAUCAGAAGGAAGUAUUACUGCAAAUCACUGAACUACCUGUUAUGAAUCUGAGCAACUCAGAGACUAACCUACCAGCAGACACUGAAAGACAAGAAAAUACGGGGUUACAAAAUGGUGAAACAAUACUGGGGACAAGCUCCCCAAGGAAAUGUGGGUUUUAUGAGCAGCAUAAGACAAUAGCUGAACGUGUUAAAGGGAUCCAUCCUAUUUCAGAUUCAAAGAUAAUCCCCUAUUCUGGUGAUCAUCAUAUUUUUAACAAAGCAGCAUAUGGAUAUGAAUCAAAUCCUGCCAAAGUUCUUGCCAGUAGCCUCAGUCCGUAUCGUGAAGGAAGAUUUAUAGAGCGGCGACUGCGAUCCUCAUCAGAGGGAACUGCGGGGAGUAGCAGAAUGAUUUUAAAACCAAAAGAUGGGCAUGGAGAAGAAGUUAAUAGUUUAAGAAAGCAAAGAGCGGGUUCCUCGUCUUCAAAAAUGAACAGUAUGGAUGUUUUGAAUAAUUUGGGGUCUUGUGAACUGGAUGAAGAUGAUUUAAUGCUUGAUCUAGAAUUUUUAGAGGAACAGAAUCUUCAUCCUUCUGUUUGCCGGGAGGAUUCCUAUCAUUCUGUCGUGUCCUGUGCUGCCGUAGUUCUCACUCCUGUGGAACCAACGAUAGAAAUGAAGAGAGAAGAACCGAAACGUCCCGAGCCUUCCAAACAGAACCUUUCCCUGAAAUUAACAAAAGACGUUGAUCAGGAAACCAGGUGUUCUCGAAUCAGCCGCACGCCCACAAGUCCAUCUACAGAUUGGCCCCCUCAAGGUGUGGAGGAAAACGGAGGCGUAGAUUCUCUGCCCUUCAGACUGAUGUUACAGGACUGCACAGCAGUAAAGACGCUAUUAUUAAAGAUGAAGAGAGUCCUCCAAGAGAGUGCAGACAUGAGCCCGGCCAGCAGCACAGCGUCACUUCCUGUCAGUCCUCUUACUGAAGAGCCAGUGCCUUUCAAGGAUAUAAUGAAAGAUGAAUGCUCAAUGCUCAAGCUGCAGCUGAAAGAGAAGGAUGAACUCAUUUCCCAACUUCAGGAAGAGCUGGAAAAACUCCAGCAUUUACAGAAGGCUUUUGCCUCAAGAGUAGAUAAGUCCACACAGACUGAACUUCUAAGCUAUGAUGCCCUGUGGAAUCCUACAUGCACUGAAGUUUUAUUUAAACCAGUACAUAGGCCAACCUAGGUUAAAUCAGUAAUUGAGCACAAGAAAUGCACCACUCAUUUGUGACACACUAAAUAUUGAGUGAAGUCAGUUUUUCUAUCAUUCCCUAUUUAACUGUUUCUCAGAGUAUAUAUAAUAUACAAAUGUUUCAUUCCAAACACUUCAGAUUUUUUAGAGUUGAAAUCAAUCACGUAAAAUAUUCAUGAAUGAAGAUUCAGAUAACACAUUUGUGCUUUGUUAUUUAAUUUUUAAAACAAAAUAGACUUGCUCUCUAUGCAAGUGUUCAAAAAUGUAACAUUCCACUUGGCAUUACAUAUAUUUGUUCAUUCCUUUCAUCCAUAUCAUUUGUCAUGCUGGUUAUAGGUGUCAUUUAAUUUCAUUACAUAUUCUGUGCACGUUAGAUAAAUUAGAAAACAAUGCCUUUAGCUUCCUCCGCUUUCGUGGAACAGUUCCUACUGAAGAACUAAAUUAUCUAUAACCUUUUCUCCCUGACAUCAAGAUCACAAGAUGAAAGCCAUAUAUCUUCAAAUACAGUCAAUAAUGAAGUGUCUUAUUCUAACUAGAGAAAGUAAAAAUCUGUUGGUAUCCUUAAAUAGCUGAAGGACGUUUACUGGGUAUUGACCUCAUAUUAAAGAAAGUUUCUUACGUGUGUUAUAAAAGGAGACUUCUUUGUGUCCUGUAUUGCCUUUCUAUAAUAGCUCACUUUAUCAAAUGCAAGGUGGCUCCAAGACACUCCUGAAUGUUGUAGUUUAUCGCAAGGGUAAAAGGCCUCCCACAAUGAAUCAAUGUUAUACCCCAAUGUUACAGGGCAAGAGAAAAGCCAUGGAGCUGAGGAGAGGCCAGCAGACUUUUUUGAGUUCUGUAUAUUGUGCAAACAGGUAAUGAAGUAAUGAUGGUUAAUGGUGGUAACGUUCAGAAAUCUGCUAUAGGAAUUAUUAAAUUAUUUAAAUUGCUAUGUAAGAUAUAAUAUGAAUAAUG